GCUCGAUUUCUACAUUUUCGCACACUUGCUUACACGUAUGCAUAUUUUUUUAAAAACUCGCGCCCUUAAACUUGACAAAUACUCAGUAUUUUAGUAUUCGUAAGUCGUUUUGUUGUUUUUUGUGCCACUGGGACUGUUGACCGCUAAAAAAUUCGCGUUUAUUUUGUUUCAAAAACUCACUAACGCAAAUUGUUGAAACCAACUGCAGGCACAUUUAAACUUUGCCCCACUACUGCAGAAAAAUAUUUUAAUUGUCAGUCGGUUGUUUGAGUGAUUUUAAGUGAUCCCCUACUGCGUUAUUAUUUGACGAGAAUGUCAAAUAAUUAUUUAUUUUCGCGGGGUUUUAUUUGAAAUAAAUAUGGCGGGAGGUUUAAAUUCGCUGGGGUGGAUUUGUAAUAAAAGCGGGUAGUAGUAAAUGUGGAUAGAUCUUAAUUUAUGACUGUGAUGACGAUAUUGUAGGAAGUUUGACAUUAAUUGACAUCAAUGAUGAUAAUGUAUAUAAUGCAUCGUAAUGCAAUAAUGCACACACGUUUGUUUGAUCUCUUUUUGUUAAAAGAUAAUACAUAUGUCAGUGUUGUAUUUCAUAUAAUCCUCAGUUCAUGAUGAGGAAAUCGAUGAACGGAAAAGUUGAGAGAGUCUAAAGUGUGACAACUGAUGUUUUAAAACGCGAAGAGUUUGAGUGCAUAAAGCUGAUAAAGUGUGUAUGUAUAUUUAUAAAAUAUAUAUGUAUAUGUAUAUAUUUACAAAAGUUUAUUUCUCGUCAGUAUAUAAAUAAUUGGUGACAUGAGAGCUAUUUAAAACUAGUGAAAGAGUGAUUGGUCCAAGUGAAAAAUAAAUAAAAGCCAAACGUGAAUAUUUUUAUUAGUAAUAAUAAUAAUGUUAAAUAUAUAUAAAAUAUAAAUAUCUCUGGAUUGGGUUUUUUAAGUUUGUGACAACGCCACUGGCUAUCGGCAUAUUGGAGCAUCGGGAACGGAAUCGAGGCUGACGGGUGCCGUUGACGAGUAUAUUGCUGAGGGAUCUUGAAAGAAACUCAAAAAUAGUCGCCACGGACAGAUGCCUCGAAGAAAACAACACGCGCCGCAACGCAUGAAAUGGGAAGACGGUAUCGAAGGAUCGGGUCCUGGUACGGAGCUCCAGGCUGAAGAAGGAGACUGCGUGGAUGAGGAUGGUCCGAUCAGUCCGACGGAGAGAAAUUGUCCAGCAACAGCAGCCAAAGAGGAUGAUGAAGCUGACGCAACUGACGACGAGGAUUCAGCAGCUAGUCCAUCAACGCCCCCGCCAUCAGUUUCAUCGAGGCUAAACCCCAUUGCUCUUCGAGAUACUGGACCUCCCGACAGGGAGCCAAUGAGUCCACGCUGCCCCUCAAGAGACUCAAGGGAAUCAUCUGGACCGGCAGCCGGAAGUCCCCCUCCUCAAGCGAACCGCAGCAGUGCUAGCCCACUGAGUCCAAGCAGCAUCGUACCUCUGGCAGGUCACCCUUUGCUGCCACCUCAUUCCGCGGCCGUGAUGGCGGCUUAUAUCCAGCAAACUCACCAGAGACUACUGCUGGGACACUCACCACUUUCGGCGAGAGGCUCCGUGUCGCCGCUGGUCACCUCGUCGUGUUCACCUCCCGCAGCGACCCCCGGUCUGCUCGUCUCACCCACAAGCGCCGGCGAGGUAUCGCCCACAGCGACUCCUCUUCCCGCUGUCCUCGACUUCAGCACGCGAAAAAUUUCAUCCGCGGAAGAAGACGAAGACGAGCAUAUUUUAAACCUGAGCAAACCUCCCACACCCUCGUCCUCAAGCGAAACUAAUAAUGGGCCGCUUGAUCUCUCCGUGUCGAGUCGAAAACGGCCGAGUCAUGAAGAGGACUCUCCACCACCUCCGCCCAGAAAGUCAUCGAGACUUGGAACGAUAGCACCAUCAGCUCAUCAAGAAUCCCCCUCGGCGACUGGUCAGUUCGGGCGACCUCCUGUGGUUUCGCCUUGGACAUCGCCCGUCGUGGCUUCUCACUUUCCGUACUUUGCUGCUGCAGUUGCAGCGGCUACUAGUCAGCAACAGCUUUCUCCCAAAAGCACGCCGGGUAUUGUAGACCACCAUCAGCUGUGGAAUGGCAAGAUGAAACCACCAGCGGCACUUGACAAACCUUAUCAGCCAAGUGAGGCCACUAAGGCACUGGAAAAAAUGAGCGAACUAAGUAAACUCGGCGGAGAUGAGCUCUACAGGCCGUCCAGUGGGGUUGGUUCUGGUGCAAGCUCUACUGGUAGUAAUCCGAGCGGUGCGUCAGGAAGUCGUCACAGCGCUUGGCAAUCCCACUGGCUCAAUAAGGGCGCAGAUCAAGCUAAAGACGUACUGAAGUGCGUUUGGUGCAAGCAGAGUUUCCCGACUCUCGCGGCGAUGACAACGCACAUGAAAGAAGCAAAACACUGUGGUGUCAAUAUGCCUGUUCCACCACCCACGUCUGGAAUGCACUCUCAUUCGUCAAACAUGUCGUCAUUGCCCACAUCUCAGCAUCAACAGCAACAGCAACAACACCAGUCGUUAAAUAGCUCUGCGAGUAGCAGCAAUAACAGUCACACGACACCUAGCAGUAAGCAAAGUCCCUCUGAAUUAAAUCUACUGAUCAAAGAGACAAUGCCACUGCCAAGAAAACUCGUCCGUGGUCAAGAUGUCUGGCUUGGCAAAGGUGCCGAGCAAACAAGACAAAUUCUCAAGUGUAUGUGGUGCGGUCAGAGCUUCAGAUCUUUAGCAGAAAUGACUUCACACAUGCAGCAGACUCAGCAUUACACGAACAUCAUCUCUCAGGAGCAAAUAAUCUCGUGGAAAUCAUCAGACGAAGGUAAAGGAGGCAGUGGAGGUCCUGGCGCAGGAAUGGGUGGUGCUGGUGGAGGUGGGCCUGGUGGUGGUAUGCUACCAGGAAGUGGUGCUGGUCAGCACGGAAGCAAUCCUGGAGGUCCCGGUGGUGUUGGUGGUGCUACCAGCAGCCACGUGAGCGCAGUCUUGACAUGCAAAGUCUGUGAUCAGGCAUUUAGUUCACUUAAAGAACUCAGCAACCAUAUGGUUAAAAAUUCCCACUAUAAAGAACACAUCAUGCGGUCUAUAACUGAGAGCGGCGGGCGUCGAAGACAAACGCGUGAAAAGAGAAAAAAAUCAUUGCCAGUUAGAAAACUGCUUGAAUUGGAGCGAGCGCAAAAUGAAUUUAAAAAUGGUGAUACGACAGCUGGAUUGGCGCACAGUCUGGUUAAACACGCUGGCCGUAUAACUUGUGAAAAGUGCGGAGAUAAAAUAGAAACAACUGUUUUUGUUGAGCACAUUCGUCAGUGCAUCGGUGCAGGCACCGUAGGAAUAAAUCAGCGUAAUUUUUUGAAGUCUGCGUUGAUGUCCAAUAAUAUGUCCCAAGUAUUACCCUCGAGUGAGAGCGGCAGAAAGAGUGUCAAUGAAGACGCAUCUUCGGUCUCAUCAAGGCAUCAUCGGUCUCCUUCAUCAGCUAGUGACACCACCACACCGGGUAAAGAUACUCCGACUCCGAGUGCCAAUGAAUCAACGAGUACCACCUCUUCGCCAUCAGUACUUAAUGCCAUUGAAAAGCUGAUUGAAAAGAGUUUUGACUCGCGAGGUCGUCAUGGCACAGCGGGUCACCAUCAUAAUCAACCGGGCGCGCCAAUAGGUUCCAGUAUUCUCAAACGUCUUGGUAUUGAUGAAAGUGUAGAUUAUACAAAGCCACUGGUGGAUCCACAGACGAUGAAUCUAUUACGGAGCUACCAGCAGCAGCAUUAUAAUUCCGCGGCAAUUGCUGCGAGACGAGAGAGAAGCGGAAGUGAAUCUAGUUCGAUAUCGGAGCGAGGAAGUACACGAACUGACACGAUGACUCCAGAAAGACGUUUGGAUCUUUCUGUUAAUCAUGACAGACUUUCCUCAGCCUCGUCUCAUCGUCAUCGCUCGUCGCCUGACAAACAGACGCCAACUCCAAGUCGGCACUCGGUACCCGAAGAGUCUGGCGAUGAAGAAUCGGUGGUGGUAAAAAAAGAACCCAGAGAUGAGGACGCCGAGCCGGCUGGCAAUGAAGACGAGCCACCGAGAGAUGUGGUCGUCAAGAAAGAAGUUGAGGAUUCGCGUGACGAAGAAGAACCAACGACUCCGUAUAAUUGUCAUGGGCAAAAUAAUGCCGAAGCGACAACAGAAGAGCCCAGGGAGUCGGCUUCUCCGCAAUUAAAUCCACCAACACCCCGAUCGACUGGUACUGGAGAGCAGUCACAUCAUCAAGUCGCUCGGAGUCCUUGUAGAAAUAGCACGAGCAGCCCGGCAAGCAGCGAUCGUUCAGUGACGCCUCGAGGAACACCAGACACCAAAACAUCUAGUAGUCUGGGUGCUCUGUCUUCCAUGUUUGACAGUCUCUCCGGUGGUGGUGGGACUGGCGGUAACUCUGACAACCAAGGGCGUAAAACCAGCAGUCAUCCUCUCGCAGCUCUUCAAAAACUCUGUGACAAAACAGAGACACGUGGUCCUGGAGUAGCCGGUGGCUCGAGAUCUUCACACGGUGGCGGUUCGAGUCAGCAGCACGCGAGUGGAAGCAGCAGCAGCAGCACGGCGACUACAAGUCACGGAAGUGGACCAACGCCCGGCGCCAUAUUGGCGUUUAGUUGGGCCUGCAAUGACGCCGUGGUCACGGCUGACUCCAUAAUGAAAUGUGCAUUCUGCGACACGCCCUUCAUAUCCAAGGGUGCGUACAGGCAUCACUUGUCCAAAAUGCACUUCGUCAAAGACGGUAUGAUCCCCGAUCCUCUGACGAUCGGAAGAUCAGCAGCGGCCGCAGCAGCUCUCGCAGGAACUCAGUCAGCAUCUGGUGGUCCAAGUCAUAGCGCUUCAUCUCCGCCGACCCCGCAGCGUAAAUCUCCACCGGUUCCUCAAGCAAACGGUAGUCCGUCUCAACCCGCGGCCUCUCCCCUCGAGGAGAGCCCGCACUCAAAGUUUCUCAAGUAUACGGAACUGGCCAAACAAUUGUCCAGCAAAUACGUAUAGUCCGAGCCCCGUAAGUAGCGGUGCCAUUUGUACAUAAAUGUAUCUAUAGUCUCAACAAACGACUGCAAGCAAACAACGUAGUCGAAUUUUAAAAUAAAUUAGACAGUAUGUCCUCCCUAUCCUGUUUUAAAUAUUUUCGCGCGUUAUACGACUCAUCUUAAGACUGACUCGAGAUACGUCACGUUGGAUCGUUGCAUUGUUGUCACAACGAGACUAUCAAUGUUUAAUAAUUUAUAAAAAAAAAAAAAAAAAAAAAAUAUCUAAAGAUAAAUAAAUAAAUAAAUAAAUAAAUAAAUAAUAAUAAUUUGGCUUAGAAAGAGUCUCUCUUCGGAUGCUGCGUAACUCGCGUCGAGUCUUGUCAUUCCUUGUCGAGUACGUAAACUUAGCAUGCGUACGACUUUGUAGAAUAUAUAUAUAUAUAUAUAUAUAUAUUUUUUUUUUCCCCUAAAAAUAAUAUCGGGAAAAAGACUGGCUAGGGUGGCUUUUUAGUGCGCUCAUCUUUUCUUUCGUUAUUCUUUUCCAUCAUCAUCAUUUUUAUCAUAAAAAAGAAAAAUUAAUUUCUUCCGUCCUCGCGUCACGUACUCUGAUCACAUCACAAAACUUAAAAAUUUAAAGCAAUAUUUAGGUUACAGUUAUUAUUGUUCUUUUUAAUUUAUAUAUCCGUUGCAUAAGUCGAGGAUGGAAUAAAAAAAAAAAUUAUCGUGUUAAGACUGCGGAAUCUAACGAAUAAUGACAACAGAUGCGACUGAUACAGUUAGUUUUAUAUUUAAUUAUCAUGAUCAUUAUUAAAAUUACUGUUAUCAUAAUUAAAAUAAUAAUAAAUAUAAUUACAAUGUAUACUUAAACUUGACAAUGCUGACGACUACGGUGACGGUAAAGGACUUGAGACUCAGGAUCUGUAUAAUAAUAUAGUGCGUGUGCGUGUUCGACAAGUUUUAAGUGCGUUAAUUAAUUGUGAUGCCACCAUAUCUUGCGGUACUGCUGAGCCACACACACAUCACACACAUACACACAGUUACACACUUACACACUUACACUUAAUCACAGAUACACGCGAUACCAGACACGAGAUCGCGGCUCAGCAGCCAAGUUUGUGAUGUUUAUAAUAAAAUUAAAAAAAAAAAAAUACUUAAGCAAUUAAUACUCGGAGUCGAGUGAAGUCAAAAUAAAAUGUCAAAAAGUAAUUAUAUUAAAUAAAUGAAAAAAUAUAUAAUAAAGAGAAAAAAAUUUCGAAUAGAAAAGCUUAUCACCAGUCGUAAAGUCGACCGUCAUGUAUACCACCUUUAGAUUAAGGACACUAGGUUAUUAGAUAUAUAUAGAGAAGUACUAGAGCUAGCACGCCUUUGUAUAACAAAAACUCUCAUGAGAGACUUGAAAAAAAAAAAAAAAAAAAAAAAAACAAAAAAAAAAAACAAAAAAAAAAAAAAUUGUACGAGUUACGACUGCGUUUAUUAAAAGUAGGUUUUAAUAAAAUUAAUAGAACUUAAAAUUUAUUGCACAGAACAAAUGGAUUUCUUGGCGGAAAAAAAAUUUUGAAUUAUGAAAUGUAAAAAAAAAUUUUCUGAGGACUAAAAAAAGACUCGGCUUAAGAAAUUUAUUCGCGCCCAAAAAAAUUUUCAUCUUCAAUUCGUGAUGCAAAAAAUUUCUUGGGGCAAGUAAAAAUUUUUUUGCGUCAAGAAAUGAUUUUUUUCUGUGCAGGAAUUGAAUUAUAAGAAAAGAUGAGUGCACUGCGGUGCAAUACGCUGAGGUUUAUUGUCGCGAUAGAAUGCCGUUUAUUACGGCUCAUUCGCCGAUCAUAUUAUAUAUUAUUAUUAUUAUUAUUAUAUAUAUUAUUAAGAACUAUGAAUUUUUUUUAAGAAUACGCGAUACUUAAAAAUCGUGUAUUGAGAGACCAUUGUAAAUUUUAUUUGUUUAAAAAAAAAAUCUAUAUUUAUUAUUAUUGCGCCAAUUGAGCCGACUCGUGUCAUUACAUGUAAAAUAUGUCAUUAUUAUCAUUCGUAUUACCGAUCAUGUGUAUAUUGAACUUAAAAAAGGUAACAAUUAUAUAUUAUUAUUAUUAUUAUUAUUAUUAUUAUGAUAAUUAUAAUAAUUGAUGAAUAUAAUACAUAUAAAUAAAUAAAUGAUUAUAAAAGUAAAUAAUAAUAAUAUUAAUUAUGGUAAAUAAUUAUGCCGAACAGUGAUAUUGGGUGAGAAAAGGGCGCGUUCAGUGUCUGAGUGAAUGUUUACGAUAUAAAUUGAGCAGCAAUUAUGUAGAAACUUUAAGUUUUAAUAAAUUUAUGAAUGCGUCGAGUGACAAAUGGUUUUAAAAUAAUAAUAUUAAUAAUAAUAAUAACUUUUGUCGAAUAAAACUGGAAGCUGGACAUAAUAAUUAUAUUGUACGGUAAAAAAACCGAGUACUUCGGUCAAAGAUAUAGAGAAAAAUAAUAUUAAAUAAAUAAAACACUUGUAUACGUAUUCCUUGUAAACUGUAAUAAUUCUUCCAUCGCGGACUUUUAAAGUAUUUAUCAACAUAAUAAUAUUAAUUAUUAUUAUUGUAAUUAUAUACGACUGCUGUGAGUGAGAGCGAGUGCAAGAGAGAGAAAAAAUAACGUAUGAGUGUGUGACGACCGAAAAACAACACGAAAAUUUUUUUUCCUUCGUGAUAUAACACUGAGACAGUGAGUGAGCUAUAUAUUCUAUAUUCUGUACGAGGUAAGAUGGCACAGAUCCAGUGGAAAAUACACCAGUGAAAAUAAAUGAAUUAAAAAAAAAAAAAAAAAAA